UAAACUUCCUUGUCAAUAGAUAUGGGUCACCAAGGAGACAUCGUAUUAUAAAUAGUCAUCUCUCCAGACAUAACGCAGAUAAGUCGACCAGGUGUUUGAAAGUUCACGACAUGAUUCCAUCAGGGUUCUUGGUGGCGGUGGUAUUUCUGUCGUGUUUCUACAUUGUGCGAUGUAAUGUGAAUAGUCCAUGUAAUGCAACGGUAGCAUGUGCAAAUAAUAUCACAGUUUGUGAAAAUGGUUUCUGUCAUAUACAGGCCGGCCAAGUAUGCACGCUUGAAACUACACCAACCGUAGCAACAACUGUAACAACACCUUCACAAGUAUCGAGUUCUACCUCGGCAACAACAACUACUGUGGCAACAACAACGACUGCGGCAACAACUACUCCACUACCUGGCCCCGUAAAACGAAGAAGACGCAGUGCAAACCAACAGGAGUGUGUUUCAAACGCAAGUUGUGUACCUGGCCUACAACCAACACUGGUGUGCGCGUGUAAUGAUGGCUAUAAAGCAGAUAAUGGAAAGUGCAACAAAGAUCCUGAGAAUGGCGCCGGACAUGUGAGAGUGACAGAACUUUUUAGUGUCAUGGUGACGACAGUUCUGCUGUUUCUAAUCUAGAAAACCCUUCAGUGCUGCAGUGGUACCAUUGCCUGCCAUUUGUAAAUAACUAUAUAUCUUUAAGAAUUGUCAUGGAACAAAUAUUUUGUAAAUACUUAAGACAAAACCAGUCGUGUACAGUUGACAGCAUUUAGUUUGUAUCUGCAUAACCCUUUGAGUGUUCAUUUAUCAAUACAGAACAUAUAUUUUCAAACGCUAAAACAACUACAACAGAAUCAAAACUUUCUCAAACUUACGAUUUCACAAACAGAAAGCAGACACUUAGAGCGGUGUGCUUUGUAUAUAAUUGAUGCAUGAUCUGGCUUUGAAAGUGCUCGUGAAACGUGUCUACAGUUGUCAUCGAGAGUAUACAUGUAUGUGAGUUCCGGUUGUCUGCGCAUGCCUGAUGAAGCCGUAGUGCCGACCAUCUGGCAAUGCCAGGUCUAUCGGAACAGUGUGGUCCCUUGUAGGCAUCUGAGCGCCACUUUUGGUCGGAUAUUUAGUUAUCAAAAGAAAUAGACCUACAUAUUAAA